UUUAAGAAGACAUGGCUUAUUUGUUUUUGUUUUUUAAGCGGGACUACAAAGACAUGUCUCAGGCGCCCGAAAGGUUUUAAGACGAAGGAAAUAUCCGAAAUAAGUAUCCGAGCCUCUCCGUAAGAAUCCGAAACUUUCCUAGAGAGGCAGCCUUUCCCGAAGGCUUCUGAGACGAUUCGGGAAAAGGGAGUAGGGAGCGGGGAAAGCCAGCCACUUCUCGAAAGGCAUUCCGGAGAUAGCCGAGAAUUUCCGUUCACAUCCGAAGCAGUCACCGGAAGUUGCCGAACUCCCAGAGAAGGCGCUGUUGCGGUCUAUUGCGUGAGGACGACCUGGGCUAACGCGCCACCAUCGUCCAACCGUAACUAGGACGGACCAGGGGACGUCCUCCUCCCUUCUCCGCAGCUAUGUCAGACUUCGACGAGUUCGAGCGGCAGCUAAAUGAAAACAAACAGGAACGUGAUAAAGAGAAUCGUCAUCGUAAACGCAGCCACAGUCGUUCACGGAGUCGUGACAGGAAACGUCGCAGUCGUAGCCGUGACAGGCGCAACAGGGAUCAGCGCAGUGUUUCACGAGAUCGCAGGAGGCGCAGAUCUCCUCUAAGCCUGUCAGGUUCUCUAAGCCGUUCUCCUCGGCAUGAGAAGAAGAAGAAAAUUCGCAAGUAUUGGGAUGUCCCUCCUCCAGGUUUUGAGCACAUUACACCCAUGCAGUAUAAGGCCAUGCAGGCUGCGGGACAAAUUCCAGCUACAGCCUUACUACCAACCAUGACUCCAGAUGGGCUAGCCGUAACACCUACACCUGUGCCUGUAGUUGGCAGCCAAAUGACGCGACAAGCUCGACGUCUCUAUGUUGGCAAUAUCCCUUUUGGAAUCACUGAGGAAGCAAUGAUGGAUUUCUUCAAUGCCCAGAUGCGCCUUGGUGGCCUUACUCAGGCUCCCGGUAAUCCUGUCUUGGCUGUGCAAAUUAACCAGGACAAGAACUUCGCUUUUCUGGAGUUCCGUUCUGUGGAUGAAACUACACAGGCCAUGGCUUUUGAUGGGAUCAUUUUCCAGGGACAGUCACUGAAGAUCAGACGCCCCCAUGAUUAUCAACCACUUCCUGGCAUGUCUGAAAACCCAUCAGUUUAUGUGCCAGGUGUCGUUUCCACAGUGGUCCCAGAUUCUGCUCAUAAACUGUUCAUUGGGGGUCUGCCAAACUAUCUUAAUGAUGAUCAGGUCAAGGAGUUGCUCACUUCCUUUGGGCCCCUGAAAGCUUUCAACCUGGUGAAGGACAGUGCCACUGGCCUGUCGAAAGGUUAUGCCUUCUGUGAAUAUGUGGACAUCAAUGUCACAGACCAGGCCAUCGCGGGGUUGAAUGGCAUGCAGUUGGGUGACAAGAAGCUUUUGGUGCAGAGAGCCAGCGUGGGAGCCAAGAAUGCUACUCUGGUGAGGAAGAAAAGGGAUUGGGAUGAGGGAGAAAUGGUACCAAAGAACAACCUUUCCAGGAUAUAUUUGCAGAUUCUGCUUCUGAAAGUUAGAACAUUGGUUUUACCAAUAUAAUCAAAUGUCAGUGGA